GGCGCGCGCAGCCUCCAACCCUAAUUUCUUCGCGCACCGGAAGAAGGAGAGCCUCUUUCCGUUCCCAGCGCAGCCAUGGCUCGUGGUCCCAAGAAGCACCUGAAGAGAGUAGCAGCUCCAAAACAUUGGAUGCUGGAUAAAUUGACUGGCGUAUUUGCUCCUCGUCCAUCCACUGGGCCCCACAAACUGAGAGAAUGUUUGCCUCUGAUCAUUUUCUUAAGGAACAGACUUAAGUAUGCCCUAACCGGAGAUGAAGUAAAGAAAAUUUGCAUGCAGCGCUUCAUUAAGAUUGACGGCAAAGUCAGGACUGACAUAACCUACCCAGCUGGGUUUAUGGACGUCAUCAGCAUUGACAAGACUGGAGAGAAUUUCCGUCUGAUCUAUGAUACAAAGGGUCGCUUUGCUGUUCAUCGUAUUACUCCUGAGGAGGCCAAGUAUAAGUUGUGCAAAGUGAGAAAAAUCUUUGUGGGCACAAAAGGAAUCCCUCAUCUGGUGACCCAUGAUGCUCGUACAAUUCGCUACCCCGAUCCCCUCAUUAAAGUGAAUGACACCAUUCAGAUUGAUUUGGAAACUGGCAAGAUAACUGAAUUCAUCAAGUUUGACACUGGUAACCUUUGUAUGGUGACUGGAGGUGCUAACUUGGGGAGAAUUGGUGUGAUCACUAACAGAGAAAGACAUCCUGGCUCUUUUGAUGUGGUUCAUGUGAAAGAUGCCAAUGGCAACAGCUUUGCUACCCGGCUCUCCAACAUCUUCGUUAUUGGCAAAGGCAACAAAGCAUGGAUUUCUCUUCCCAGAGGAAAAGGAAUCCGCCUCACCAUUGCUGAAGAGAGAGACAAGAGGCUAGCAGCUAAACAGAGCAGUGGGUGAAAUGGUCUCUAGGAGACAUGUGGAGAUGCCUGCAGUCUUUUAACAUCUCUGGGUGACAUGCUGGAUAGGCGUUUUUACUUCAAAUUAAACAGCAUAAUUACUCUUA